UGUGAAACUAUAGAAAUGGUUAAAAAGUCAGUAGAAGUAGAUGAAAAAUAUUGUAUACGAAGAGGAGGAGAGAAUUUUCCUGGAUUCUGUGAUGACAACAGUGACGUGCUGGAGGUGACGUCUGUGUCUUGCUGGCACAAUGUUACGUCGUCUUCUUCAGCACUUACAUUGCCUCUAGCCUCUUCCAAGACUAUAAUGGCUCACCAUCUUCCUCCUCACAUGAUGGGGCAUAGUGAAGGAGCCAACCAUCGUAGGAUCACCACGCUCAAGGAUUCUCUUGCAGCCACAAGAUGCCGUACCAGCUUAUCAAAGAUCAUAUUCGAGCCAUUUGUAGGGAAAGUUAUCGCCGGUUUUAUUGUUUUCUUGAUUAUCUCGAGCGUGGAAGGUGCUGAAGGGUCACAUUAUAAUGCAGCAUGGUUGUCAGGAGGGAGCGUGAAGGCUCACCGUGGCAGCAGUGGUGUUACUGUGGUCAGACGUGAAGCUCCAGAAAGCCAAGUGAAGUCUGGGGAAGAUGAUGAUAAUUCUGCUCCCAAGCCUUCCAGGUCAAUGUCGGCAGCACCCACUGUCAAGGAAAUUCAGGGAACCACUGGUGGGGAAGAGACUGAGGAAGUGACAACCCAGAACCAUGAAAGCGCAGACGGCCAGGAUCAAGUUAGUGAGAAAAACAUGGCAAACAGAAGUGAUGCAGGUAAAAGUGAUGCUGAGUCUAUAGAUGAGCACAAACUUAUGGGAGACCUAAAAGGAAUAUCUCCAGAAGCAGUUUUACGUGGUUUCUAUGUGUUUGUUGGCGUUGGCACCAUUGUACUUUUGUACAUUCUUGUCAAACUUCUAAGGUUACGUCGCCGCCGUGCAACAAGAAAAUAUAGAGUACUGUCACACAGCGAUGAUCAAGAGAUGUUUCCUCUAGCUGCAGAUGAUGGAGAUGAUGAAGAGAUAUAUAAUGCUGCAGAUCAUCAGACACUAAAGUAAAAUCAUAUGCAAAUUUGCUCUUAAAGUUUCUUCAUAUUGCAGGAAAUUCUUUCAAACAAAAAAAAAAUAAUUUGUACCUGUUUUGAGUUAGGGGUAAUCAUUACAGUAUUUUUCUUCAUAUUCUUUUCAAGUGCUAAGUGGGUGAAGUUAACCACAGAACAGCUAGACAGUUUAGAGAUUUUGACUGGCAGCAUUGCAUGCUUUAUAGCCUAACUUAUAAAGGAGUAUAUAGCAGCAUAAAGCAGACUUUUUUGGGCAUUACUGUAUGUAAAAUUGUGUGAAGAGUGAAAGGCACCAUAGUUAAUUUUAGGUUUGCUUGUGAGAUUGUUGCAAAACAUUUAGUAAGACUGCUGUGUGGAGUAGUUUAUCUAGUGUUAUACUUCAGUACCUGCUGUUGGAGUGUGUAUAAAAAUCUGCUUUAUGAUUGAAUAUGAAGUGCCAGUUUAUAGAAAUAUUUUGUAACUUUCAGGUCUUUUUUUGACUGACUAGUGCAAACAAAUGAUGCUUAUUGCAUUUCAGUUUUAUAUUACUAACUUUAAUUCAGAAGGUAAACUUUUGGCUUUGAUUUAGUUUAGUGAAGACCAGUAUGGUUUUAUCUGUGGUGAUUGAUCUGUUUACUCCUUCGUCCCUUGGCUGUCUUCCAUCAGCUUUCACUUACAUUUCAAAAUAUAAAUAGAAAAUAAUAAAAAGGCAACAUUGGCUUGAACUAAUUUUUAUGUAUUUUUCCUAUGGCUGAUUGAUGCUCAGCCAUAUGAAAGCUUAUUCAGCUUCUGCUUUUAAUUUGCAAAAUAGGAAGAACAAAGUUAUCACAACCAUCUGAUGGUAUGUUUUCUCUGACUUCUCUAUUUGAAUGAUGCAUAAUUAUGAUUUAGUAAGUGCAUUGUAUGCUUGUAUGAAAAAAUUGAUCAAGCAUGCAUCAUUUUCAUCAUGUAAAUCGUAUACUAUUUAUAAUUUAACAUUAAAAGACUGUAGUAUAAUAGUAGCCACUUGGAUAGGUUUGGGUGGGAGAAGUUUUGCUACAAAUGAAGUCUGUAAGCUUCAGCAUAAUUGUUUAUCGAAACUAAAUAUUGUUUAUAAAAUCAGUUUUUUCAGUAACAAACCUCAGAAAUGCUACAUCAAGGAGUUUCUUGAUCAGAUUCCCUAAAUUUAAUGACCUUAAAACAAUGUGAUAGCACUAAAAUUAUUGAUAUACUGUAUUAAUCUACACAUUAAAGUUGGUCAUAAAAGGUUUCUGAGGUAUAUAGCAGAGAAAAUUACUUUAAUUUGAUUCAGAGUAUUACUAUACUAUAUAGAAUGUAAAAGAUAAUUUUGAUUUCGUGUGUGGGCAGUCAUGGAGUUAAGCUGUUCAUCAAAAAACAUGCACUCUUAGUGAAUGCUGUAUACAUAUACAACACAGUACAGUAUACACAUAUCUUUCCAUAAACUGCCUGUAUUCCACUGAAGCAAGGUGGCCCAAAAAGAAAAACAAAAGUUUCUCUUUUUAACUUUAGUAAUGUAUACUGGAGAAGGGGAUACUAGCCCCUUGCUCCCACCAUUUUAGUCGCCUCUUACGACACGUAUGGCUUACAGAGGAAGAAUUCUGUUCCACUUCCCUGUGGAGAUACGUGGAAAUAAACAAGAACAAGAACUAGUAAGAAAAAUAGAAGAAAACCCAGAAAGGUGUGUAUAUAUAUAUAUACUUGUACAUGCAUGUGUAGUGUGACCUAAAUGUAAGUAGAAAAGCAAGACAUAUCUGAAAUCUUGCAUUUUUUUUUUUUUAACAAGUUAGCCGUCUCCCAGCAAUCCUACCAUCAUGUAAAACAAUUACAGGCUUUCGUUUUACACUCACUUGGCAGGAUGGUAAAACAAAAGCCUGUAAUUGUCUUACAUGAUGGUAGGAUUGCUCGUGUCUUUUUUCUGUCUCAGAAACAUGCAAGAUUUCAGGUACAUCUUGCUACUGCUUCUUACAUUUAGGUCACACUACACAUGCAUGUACAAGCGUAUAUAUACACACACCCUUCUGGAUUUUCUUCUGUUUUUCUUAAUACUAGUUCUUGUUCUUGCUUAUUUCCACUUAUCUCCACGGGGAAGUGGAGCAGAAUUCUUCCUCCGUAAGAUAUGCAUGUCGCAAGAGGUGACUAACAUGCUGGGAGAAAUGGGCUAGUAACCCCUUCUCCAGUAUAUAUUAUUAAAGUUAAAAAGAGAAACUUUUGUUUUUCUUUUUGGGCCUCCCUGCUUCAGUAGGAUAUGGGCAGUUUGUUAAAAGAAGAACUGUCAUAUCUGAGUGCCUCUGCAAAGACAGUGAUUAUGUGUGAGUGAGGCGAAAGUGUUGAAUGAUGAAAGUAUUUUCUAUAUGGGAAUUUUCUUUCUUUUUGGGCCACCCUGCCUCGGUGGGAUACGGCCGGUUUGUUGAAAGAAAGAAGAAUAUAUAGUAUAUUCUCCAUGGGGAAGUGGAACAGAAUUCUUCCUCCAUAAGCCAUGCGUGUCGUAAGAGGCGACUAAAAUGCCAGGAGCAAGGGGCUAGUAACCCCUUCUCCUGUAUAUAUUACUAAAUGUAAAAGGAGAAACUUUCGUUUUUCCUUUUGGGCCACCCCCACCUCGGUGGGAUAUGGCCGGUGUGUUGAAAGAAAGAUGUAUAUACUAUAUAUAUACUACAUACAUAUACAUACAUACACAGUGGAACCCCGAAUAUCGAAUGUAAUCUGUUCCAGAAGGUCGGCCUAAAUUCAAAGUAAUAUUUCCCAUAAGAAUUAAUGUAAAUACAGUUAAUCCGUUAUAUACACAAAACAAUGAUAGAUAAAUAAAUAUAGGUGGGAGAUGGCCGACUUGUUAAAAAAAAUAUAUAUAUAUAAACAUUACAUAGCUUAUUGAAGACUUGUUGGCAUAUGGAAGAAGACGAGCAUGGGAGAAGGAGUUGGGGUUAUUGUUUGGAGGGGGAAUCCCCCUCCAUAAUGACUUCAGGUAACAGGUCCCUCUCUGGGGUUACUUCUCGUCUUUGUCAUUUAACCCUUAAACGGUCCAAACGUAUAUAUACGUUCUCUCGCGCAGCACACCGAAUAUUUUGAGAAAAAAAAUUUUUUUUUUUUUUAUAGGAAAAUUUUUUUUUUUUUAUAGGAAAAAAGAGCGUUUGGUACCCAGGCGUCCCCAAUUUUUUCAUAUGGCACACAUUGAGUGCGCACACUCAUUCUCUCAUGUCUAGGCGACUCAGGCAUAUUGUGCCAAUGUUGAAUGAAUGACAAAUGAAACGUAUAUAUGCGUUUGGGGCGCUACGCAAGAGAGCGUAUAUAUACUUUUGGACCGUUUAAGGGUUAAUGGCACCAGGACCAGCUUGAGAGUCACUGGACCCCUUUCACACAAAAUAUCUGUCCAGAGAGCUCUGUUUCUGGUGCCUCUUUAAGAUUUGCCUGAAGUGGGCCAAGGUUUUGUUACUGAACAUGUUGCAGAUAUGGCUUGUUUCAGCUUUGUCAGGGUGAUAUAUCUCAGCAAAAGCUUGCACCCUACUCCACAUUGCACUAAUCUCCUUAAUCUCUGAAGAAGGCACCUCCUUCCCUCUCUCUUCCUCCUCCUCUGAAGCAAGUUCCUUAGCUGUGGCCUGUUGCUGUUCGAGUUGAAGGUCUUGCAGCUCUUCAGUGGUUAGCUCUUCCCUGUGGUCCUCCACCAACUCUUCCACAUCCUUGUCACACACAUCCAACCCCAUGGACUUCCCCAAAGACAGUAGAUUCCACAACAGGUAUAGGGUCAUCAGGGUCAGCCUCAAACCCUCAAACCAUGGUGGCUUAUUUCACAGUCGCACUUAAUGAACAAGCACAGAAGCCAAAGGAUGUUAUGGAAAUGUUUGGAUGAAUGCACAGAGUAUAUGCUCAUUUGCCAAGAGACACAGGGAGACUGACUCACCUACGUGUGGCAUCCCGGCAGGAGGCGGGCUGACAUGUAUAAUACGGACAAUUUACGAGGCACCAACCGAAAUACGGAGCAAAAUUUCCGCCCAAAAACUGGCCUAAAUACGAAUCGACCGAUAAGCACAGCAGCCAAUAUUUGGGGUUCCACUGUAUAUACAUACAUAUAUCCUCCUCACUUAAUGACAGAGUUCUGUUCCUAAGACCACGUCGGUAAACGAAUUUCUUGCUAAGCAAGGAGCAUAAUACGUAUAAUGGUAGUGGGUUUGUGUCAACCACCUUUGAUAUUGUUUUCAUGUCACCUUUGUACCAUUUAUAACCUUUUUAGUAUAUUUUUUAAUGUUUAUACAGUGGUGCACUGUAUUGUAAUAAACAGAAUAGAGGAAAUCAGCUCUAAUAUGCAUUAUUUAGGUAUGCAUAAUGGUCAGAGAGCCCGUCGUAAGUCCGAGUCGUUGGUAAACGAUUAUGUCAAUAAGUGAGGAGAGGCUGUAUACACAUACCCAUCUGGGUUUUCUUCUGUUUUCUUAAUGGUUCUUGUUCUUUUUUAUUUCAUCUAAUCUUCAUGGGGAAGUGGAACAGAGUUCUUCCUCUCUCUGAGCCAUGCAUGUUGUAAGAGGUGACUAAAAUGCUGGGAGCAAGGGGCUAGUAACCCCUUCUCCUGUAUAAAUUACUAAACUUAACAAGAAAAGUUUUUUUUUUCUUUUAAGGUCAUCCUGCCUCAGUGGGAUAGAGCUGAUGUGUUGAAAAAAAAUGUGUGUGUAUGUAUAUGUAAAAAUAUAUAUGUAUGUGUAUAUGUAUAUGUAUAUGUAUAUGGUUUUCUAGUUGGGUAUGCUUUUCGUCAUAGUAUACUGUAUAUGUAAAAUACUCUAAUUAGUGAUGAAAAACUAUUUUAACUACCACAAGCUGACUGCAUUAUGUUUAUCAGAUUAAGUACACUAUGAUAUUUUAGUAAAUGAAAGAAUUGUAUUGUAUCUUCCAUAGUGCGUGGCUCUUUGUUUGGUCUGAAACUGGUGAUGCGAUAUUCACCACUUGUUAUAAAGUGAGGAAUUUUCUAUAUACCGCAGCUUAGGAAUAUAAUUCAGUCUUAAAUUUUGCAUGUAUAUGCAUGUAUAUGCAGUAAUAAACUCUGCAUUAUGUGAAUAUGAAUUAAAAUGUUUUUUUUUUUUCUUAAUUUCCAUUAAAUAGCACUAAUCUACAAGAAAAAUGUAUUAAUUUCUAUCACUUGUCUAUCACCUCAUUUGUUCAUUUUAUCACUCAUACAUAAUCACUGUCUUUGCAGAGGCGCCCAGAUAUGACAGUUCAGAUAGUCACUUCAAACUGCCAGUGUCCCAAACUCCUCCUUUAACCCUUUCAGGGUUUCCGACGUACUAGUACGGCUUACGCACCAGGGUUAUUGAUGUACUAGUACGCCUAAAUUCUAGCGCCUUCAAAUCUAGCGAGAGAAAGCUGGUAGGCCUACAUAUGAAAGAAUGGGUCUAUGUGAUCAGUGUGCACAGUAUAAAAAAAAUCCUGCAGCACACAGUGCGCAUUGAGAAAAAAAAACUUUGACCGUGUUUUUUGGUUUAAAACAGCGACUUUGCACUGUAUUUUCGUAUGGUAUUUAUGGUUGUAUUCUAGUUUUCCUAGUCUCAUUUUAUAGAAUGGAAGACAUAUUACAGAAAUUGAGAUGAUUUUUGAUUGGUUUCACAAUGAAAAGUACCUUGAAAUUGAGCUCAAAGUAGCAGAAAUGUUCGAUUUUUGCCAAAGUUCAAAAGUAAAUAAAUCAUGCCAAGCAUCCAAUACGCGUCAACUGGUGAGUCUAAUAUUAUUUCACAAGUGCGCUGAUAUUAUUUAUACCAUUUCUACACUAAUGCAGUAGUCUGCAUAACAGUAAAUCUUCUAUUUUUUGUGAGAAUAAAAAUUCAAAGUGGAAAGCAAAAGAAAUGUAAGAGGGGCCUGAGGACAUGACUAAUGAACAGUGGAAAUGUUAUUUUAGUGCCAGGAAUGUUUGUCUUGUAUAUUCUGGACCCUAUUUGGAAAUUGGCAUCUUUUGAAAAUUUGUGUGAAAUUGGCAAACUUGCUAAUUUCUGACCACUUUAUUGGAUAGUUGAAAUUGGUAAAUGGGUGGUUUCUUGUACUCAUUUGAUAGAAAAAAUGGAAUUCUAGCAAAAUAAUUAUGAUUUUUGUCGACUAGUACAUUGGAAUUAGCCAAAAAUGGGGCUCAAAGUGGGCGAAAUCGCCGAUCCGUAAACAUCGUUGAGACCGCUAACUUCGCGAGAGCAUAAUUCCGUAAGCUUUCCAUCAAAUUUCAUACUUUUGGUGGUGUUAUGAUCGGGAAAAGAUUCUCUAUCUUUUCAUAAGAAGAAAAAUUUUUUUUCCGAAAAAUUUUCGACCCUGAGAACAAGUUUAGGUGAGGGCCUCUCGAUCCUGAAAGGGUUAAAGUGUAGGCAUUGUACUUCCUAUUUCCAGGACUCAAGUCCGGCUAAACAUUUCCCUGAAUCAUUUCAUGAAAUAUUACCCUGCUCACACUCCAACAACUCAUCAGGUCCCAAAAAACAUUUGUGUCCAUUCACUCCUAGCUAUCACGCUCACGCAGGCUUACUGGAAAUCCAAGCCCCUCGCCCACUAACCCUUCUUUACCCCCUCCCUCCAACCUUUUCAAGGACGACCCCUACCCUGCCUUCCUUCUCCUCAAGAUUUAUACGCUGUCCAAGUCAUUCUACUUUGUUCCAAUCUCUCUAAAUGACCAGACCACCUCAACCCUCUGGAUAAUAGUUUUGGUAGUCCUGCACCUCAUGAUUUCCAAACUACAAAUUCUCUGCAUAAUAUUCACACCACACAUUGCUCUCAGACAUGGCACCUGCACUGCCUCCAGCCUUCUUGUUGCAACAUUCACCAUCCAUUCUUCACACCCAUAUAAGAGCAUUGGUAUAGCUAUACUCUCAUACAUUCCCCUCUUUGCUUCCAUGGACAAAGUUCUUUGUCUCCACAGACUCCUCAGUGCACCACUCACCUUUUUCUCCUCAUCAGUUCUGUGACUCGCCUCCUCUUUCAUAGAUCCAUCUGCUGACACGUCCACUCCUAAAUAUCUGAAUACAUUCACCUCCAUACUCCCUCCCUCCAACCUGAUAUCCAGUCUUUCAUUACCUAAUUAUUUUGUUAUCCUCAUCACCUUACUCUUUCUUAUACAGUGCACCCCCGGUUAACGAUAUUUUUUCAUUCCAGAAGUAUGUUCAGGUGCCAGUACUGACCGAAUUUGUUCCCAUAAGGAAUAUUGUGAACUAGAUUAGUCCAUUUCAGACCCCCAAACAUACACAUACAAACGCACUUACAUAAAUACACUUACAUAAUUGGUCGCAUUGGGAGGUGAUCGUUAAGCGGGGGUCCACUGUAUUCACUUUCAAUUUUCUUCUUUUACAUACUCUACCAAACUCAGCCAUCAACCUCUGCAACUUCUCUUCAGAAUCUCCCAAAAGCACUGUGUCAUCAGCAAAGAGCAACUGUGACAACUCCCACUUUGUGUUAGAUUCUUUUUCUUUUAACCCCAAACUUCUUGCCAACAUCCAAGCAUUCACUCCUCUUACAACUCCAUCUAUAAAUAUAUUGAACAAUCAUGGUGACAUCACACAUCCUUGUCUAAGGCCUACUUUUACUGGAAAAUAAUCUCCCUCUCUCCUACAUACUCUAACCUGAGCCUCACUAUCCUCAUAAAAACUUUUCACUGCUUUCAGCAACCUAUCUCCUAUUCCAUACAUCUGCUCUUUUCUUGUUCUAAUUUUUUAUCUAUUUGUACCAAUGUAUUAUCUGAACUUUUCAAUUCAACAUUUUCUUUUGAUUUAUUACCUUCAUUCUUUGAAUGUGGCUCUAUUCUCAGUUUAGGAAACCUUAGGACAGGUGAAGAGUCAUUGUUGGAAGUAUUAGCAGUGCUGCUAAUGCUCUCACAACCUAAAGAAUUUGUUGCAUUUCUUUCAAUGUCAAAGAAUAAAGAAGAGCUUUUACUAGAAUCUGGCUUGAGUGAAACUUUCUUAAGCAUUACACUGUUGAUAUUCUGUUUGGUUGAUAAUCUUGUAGACUUUCUUGAAUGUCUCUUAUCCCUUAAUGCUGUGCUUGUUACAGGAAGACCAUACAGCUCUUCAUUAACUCUGUCCAUGACUAAUGUUUGAUUAGUAUCAUAUAACAAUGCUUCAUCAGUAAUCUGUGAUAAAUCAAUAUUCUCCUUUAAGUGGCUGGUCUUGCUUUCUUGUGCAUUUAUGUUUCCUAGAGGUUGUCGUACUUGAUUAUUUUCUUUAUCUUGAAAACUUUGUCACAGGUUGAUUUACAGGCAAAGCACUGUAGCAUGUACUUCUUGGUUGAUGCUUUUUUAUUUAUUUCUUAAUAGCACUUGAUAAGUAAUCUUGCAGCUCCAGAUUAUUUAAGAGAGUAUGAACAAUAGACGUUCCCAGAAUAUUAUCAUCUGAGAUAUCACUUGAUUUUCCAUCCUCAGAAUCUGUAGGUGUUGAAGAUUGGGUUUUCUUGUCUUAGUUGAUCUUUUUUACUUUUGCCAAGCAUGGAUGAAUGAGCCUCUGUAUCAUUUAUGGCUGAAACAGUUGAAGAUCUUGAGGGCAAGUCAUCCUCAAAAUAGUUGGUUUGAGGGUGAAGAACAUAGAUGUAGGUGGUGGCAUAUCCCAACCAGCUCUUAGAGAAUUAUUUAGAAUUUCUUUACGGCUGACUAACAGAGUAUUAAUGGUGGCAUUGAGCAGGGUAAACAAUUGUCAUGCUUUCUUGUAUACUGGUGUACACACUGUAUUGUUGUGUUUUGUUUUGUUCAGUGAAGACAGUGUUCCUCUUUGCGGUAACGGAGUGGCUGACAAACAAUCAAAACAUCGUUUCAACCCAUGCUUAACAGAGGAAAACACUUGAGGCUUCAUCCUGAUAUUUCUAGCUUGUUCAGCAAAUUGUAAUGUAUUGAUGGUUUCAUGUGUAUUGAAACUUGCUGGGUUCACACAAGCAAUCAAGACUGUUUGGCUGCUCCCAAUAAGAGAGUCCUUAAAAAGUCCUGUCAGUAUGGAUUCCCUGUAAGAAGCAAAACUAUCUGCUGAGUUACUAACUAGUGCUAACAGAUCGUUAUUAAUGUUGAUACCUUCUUCAAACUGCAGUCUGGACGUCUGUGCUCAUCCAACACCUUCUGCUCCAGCUAAGUCCACUAGUUUAAGGCAUCCAGAAUGAUUUCCAUUUAUUAAUGUAAGGUAUAUGUAUGUGCAUGGGAGCAU